CGUGCGUUGUUGGGGGGCAUGUUUUUCUCGUUACGUCGUGAUAAAGUAUGAAUCAUUACGGAUCCGUACAUACCUGUUGAUUGGAUCGGAUCAGCCCACUUCGAUUUGGGGAUCAUCGGCCGACGCGGUCAUCGAGGUUCCCGAACAAUCAGAUCACUCGUUGCGUGACACAUACCAACGUCGACAGCAUCCAGAACCCUAUUCAACCGCCCAACAAUGGCCACUCUACGACCUUUGAUGCAGCCACUGCGCCAAUGCCGCAGCAUCCUCUCACAACAUGCACAACCAUCAACCUCGACUCCACCCACAGCCUGCGCACGCCGCUUCAUCUCAUCAAACUCCACGACAGCCUCCUCAUCGUCUUCGCCGUCCUCCUCACCAGCACCAACCUCACAACAACCCUACCCAAGCAAGAAGAAACCCCUUACCCCCGCCCAACAAUCCUUCCUCUCCUCCGCUCUGCGCGUCAACCAAGCCGGCGAGCUAGCCGCAACCCUAAUUUACACGGCCCAGACCCCUCCCGUCGUCGCGCGCGAGCCGCACCUCCGCCCGCUCAUGAAGCACAUGUACGACCAAGAAGCAGGCCACCUGCGCACCUUCAACGCCCUCCUGGCCAAGCACCGGGUUCGGCCCACGGCACUUUACCCGCUUUGGUCCGUCCUCGCGACGGGGCUGGGGUGGACAACUGCCGUGAUGGGCCGCGAGGCAGCCAUGGCGUGCACCGAGGCGGUCGAGACCGAGAUUGGCGGGCACUACAACGGGCAAAUACGGACGCUGCUCGAGAUGGUGAGCGAGUGGGAGGCCGAGGGGUACGAGGUUGGGGAGGAGUUUCGGGAGCUGAUCGCCACGCUGCGGCGGAUACGCGACGAGGAGCUGGAGCAUUUGGAUCAUGCCGUGGAACAUGACGCCCAGAAGGCCGAGCCGCAUUGGUUGUUGACAGGUAUUAUUCGUGCCGGGUGUAGGGGGGCGAUUUGGGUGAGUGAGCGGGUGUAACGACGGAGGCGCGGUAUUACAAUCUGUGUAUAACUACCUGUAGCCUCAAUGUACUAUUAUGUGUGUAUAAAAACAAGCCGAGAGCUGAAUGUAAAAAAGAAGAGAGAAGAUAACAACGGAAAGAAAAAGAAGCAGUUUGUCCGAUAUGCCGGCUAUGUGACGCUGAUGAUCCUAGAACAUGAAAACGGCUGAACGAAAGAACCCAAUGCGCCAGGAAUGCAGUACACCCUCGGACGAUGGGAAAGCCCCUAACCUGGUACCCUAUACACCAAAACGCCAGUGCAGUU